CAUCUGCCAGAAGAACCCAAUGGUAUUUUAAAGGUUGCUACAUAUUUAUCCAUUGUGUUAUUGUGUAUUGUUAUCAAGUAUUUAAAACCGUAGUGAAUCCGACAUCAAAAAUAAGCAUGUGAUGCAAUCAGCAUGUGAUACAAACAACACUGGACAAUAAUUGCGAUGUUAUAGCUCAAUUACAGAAGAUCCGACAGAGUGUGAAGUUUUACUGAAGGGAUUUAUUUUAUUGAAAAGUCAGAAAACAUUUAGGUUAUCGGAACAUGGUUUCCGGAACGGUCGUAGCUCUCGCUGGAGUCCUCGCAGGACUGGUUUACUUUACCUUUUUGAGGAAGCCCAAAUGGAAAAAUGCUCCCCCAGGACCUCGUGGAUUACCGUUACUUGGAAAUAUUUUCCAAAUGGACAAAUUCCAACAUGUAACAUUUUGCAAGUGGGCGAAGGAGUUCGGACCGUUGAUUAGAGUAAAAUUUGCUUCAUUAAACAUGAUUGUCGUCUCGGACUACAAAAUGGCCAAGGAGAUGUUUUCCCACUCCUCAUUUUCUGGCAGGAUGGAUUUUACACCCUUCGAUUUAAUCCUGGAUGGAAAAUUGCAUGGAAUCAUCAACACUGAGGGCGAACAUUGGGAAGAACUUCGGCGAUUCACGCUGCGACAAUUGCGCGAUUUUGGUUUUGGCAAGGGCUCGAUGCAGGAUUCCAUAAUGUUGGAAGUCAACGAGCUUAUCGACCUCAUUAAAGAAAACGGCGAAAAACCUGUUGAUAACAUCAAGCAGCGCCUUCUGCUGGCCGUCGUAAAUUCGUUGUGGGCAAUUUGCACGGGAAUCAGGCACAAACAGAACGAUAAACAACUUUUGGGCAUGAGCGAGAAGGCAAAUAAAGCAUUUGAUGGCGUGGUAGAGGGUGGGAGUGUUAUUCUGUUUGUGAGAUGGCUAAUCUAUGCCUUCCCAAAGUGGACUGGAUACGAUAAGAUAAAAGUAGCACUAGUUGACUUGGCCGAUUACAUGCGAAAACCAAUAAUUGAUCAUAAGAAAACGAGACAGGAUGACUUUGAUAGAGAUUUUACGGACGCGUUUUUAAAAGAGAUUGCGAAAACGACAGAUCCGAAUUCAGCAUUUAUGGGGAAAUUAGGAGAGGACAACCUUGUCACAACGCUGGGCGAUUUAUACCUUGCCGGAACCGACACAACUGCAACCACGCUCUCGUGGAUGAUUCUGUACCUCAGCAAAUUUCCAGAAAUUCAGAAAAAAUUUCAACAAGAAAUUGAAUCCGUUACGGGCAAUACCAGACCAAUUUCAGUGUCAGACAGACCAAACAUGCCAUACACGGAAGCUCUGAUUGCAGAAACGUUACGUUUCUCAUCCAUUGCACCGAUAGGAGUGCAACACAGAGCCUUGAAGGAUGAAAUGUAUAAAGGUUAUCUUAUUCCGAAGGACACCGUAAUCACGGCAAAUUUAUACCACAUCCAUUUUGACCCGAAAGUCUGGACUGAUCCUGAGAACUUCAGACCGGACCGAUUUUUGAGUCCGGAUGGAAAAAUAUUUAAGAAACAUGACGCCCUGAUUCCAUUCUCCACGGGGAGGAGGCAAUGUCUCGGAGAAACUUUGGCGAGAGACAGCAUUUUCCUAUUUUCGACCAACAUGGCGCAAAGAUUCGACAUUACUUUUGAUAAGAAUGGACCAGAAAAUGGUUUCGAGUGCGAAUUGUCCUUUCUACUGAAGCCUAAACGGUUCAAUGUAAUUUUUAAGGACAGAUUAGCUUAAGUUAAAAAUGUGAUGACUUGUAGUUGAGAAUCAAAUAUUUAGAGAUGAUUUAUAAUUGUAUCAUUCGGAUUGUAAAAUUGUAAAAUUCGGAUUAAACAAAUGGAUACGUAUAA